AUGUUAGUCAGACCCGCUUUACACUAACAACGUAGACUGAGAAAAAAAAAUUAUUCAAAUUUAAAAAAUCAAAUUUGUUUUAAUAUUCCUAUAACCAUUCUAACACUAAUAGAUAGUAAUCAUAUUAAACAAAAUGGCUGAAUCUCACAGAUUAUACGUUAAAGGUAAACACAUUUCUUACCAACGUUCCAAGAAUGUCACCAACCCAAACGUGUCUUUGAUUCAAAUCGAAGGUGUUCAAACUCCUGAAGAAGCCAAAUUCUACUUAGGUAAGAGAAUCGCUUACGUUUACAGAGCUUCCAAGGAAGUCAGAGGUUCUAAGAUUAGAGUCAUCUGGGGUAAGGUUGCUAGAACUCACGGUAACAACGGUUUAAUCAGAGCUAACUUCAAGAAGAACUUACCACCAAAGACCUUUGGUGCUUCUGUUAGAAUUAUGUUAUACCCAUCCAACAUCUAAGUGUAACAAUAGUCAACAAGAAAAGAAAUUCACUAAUCAUAAACUAAUAACUUAACCAACCUACCUUAUGACAUAUCAUUCUUCAUUCAACCAAUCAAUACAACCACUCAAUACAAUAGUUUGUUUAAAACUCAUACAAUUUUAAACAUUCAAUAAUUCAUAUAAAUAGGAUUUCAGUUCAAUAUAACAUAUUAAUUCGAUUGGAAAUUUAUCAUUCAUAUACAUAUAUAAUAUCAUGUAUCGUUUAUAAUAUGAUAUUGAAUAUUGUUUAUCUUAUUAUGGUUCAUAUACUUUUUUAGUAAAACCUUUCCCUAUUC